UAAAAUUCUAACCUCAAACGCGCGCGAUUCGCGAAACCGACCCCCCAAACAGACAAAUAGACAGAUGAAGUGUUUAGCCUGGUUUAAAAGCAAUAACCUCUUGUCCAGUUAAGAAAUGUGUUUGCCGGCGCCGGACGGCGAGCUGCUGCGGCGCGCGUUGGAUCUGGAGGCGGCGGCGCGGCUGAGAGCUCGCUGGCUGCGCGGCGCCGCGCUCAACGCCGCCUUGCUGCUGGCGCUCGCUGCAGACCUGUCGUGCAAGUGCGCGGGCUACACGUCGGCGCUGCACUGGGUGGAGCUGGCGGCGGCGGGCGUGGCGGGCGCCAACCUGCUGCGCCUGGCGCUGGCGCUGCUGCGGCCCGCGCCGCCGCCGCUGCCGCUGCGCGCCGCCCAGCGCCGCCUGCUGGCCCGCGCCCGCGACGAUUCCUUCCCGGCGGUGGAGGAGAGCUUCGCCCCGGAGAGCGCGCACUCGGCGUCGAGCGCGUCGUGCCCGUCGGACGAGCUGUCGCUGUCGCUGUCCCCGCGCCGCGAGUGGCGCCCGCCGCCCUCGCCGCCCUCCCCGCCGCCCGCGCACGACGCGCUGGCGCCCGAGCGGCCGCCGCGCGACCGCUUCAUCGCCGACCGCCGCUCGCUCGCCGACUACCUGCAGGCCUAUUCGGAGCGGCAGGAGCCGCCCGCCGCGCCCGGCGCCGGCUGCUGGGUGCCGGCCGCGGCGCCUGCGUACCAGCUGGCGGCCGUGGACGCGGAGGCGGGCGCCGACGAGGGCGCGGCGGGCGCCGACGCCCUGGCCGCCGCCUGGGCGCGCCUGCACCUCGACCCGCAGCGCCUCACGCAGUUCAACCUCAACCUGCGCCUCUGGCUGCACGUGACGAUCCUGUCGCGGCUGGUGCGCGAGAUGGCGGCGGUGGACGUGGCGCUGGCGCGGCUGGGGCUGGGCGCCACGCUGGGCGAGCUGGCGCCGGAGCGGCUGCGGGUGCUGGCGCGAGCCCCGCAGGCGCCGCCCUCGCUGGCGCAGCUGCUGCCCUUCCUCGAACCCUUCCCGAACCAGCGCUACGUGGUGCGCCGCAUCCGCGAGCUGGCCAGCGGCGGCUGCCUCAGCGAGUACCGCUGGAACGGGGGCGGGGCCGACUGGGACGAGGGCGAGCCGUGCGACGCCGAGCUGGUGCUGCACCUGUUGGCCACGUACCUGGACUCGCAGCUGCCGGCGGCGGCGCCGGGGCUGCGGCCCUUCAGCGCGGCGCACAUCUCGGCGGCCCCGGCCCCGCCGGCGCGGCCGCUGGCGCUGCACCGCGUGUCGCUGCGGCCGCCGCACUACGUGCUGGCGCUGGGCGCCGACACGCUGGAGCUGGCCCGCGGCCGCAACAACCUGCUGCACUCGCUGCUGGUGUUCCUGGCGGCCGCGGCCCGCGCGGAGCCCCCGGCGCUGCGCCGCGUGCACCUGGGCCCCGCCGGCCUCAACAUGCUGUGGAUCAUCGGCCGGUGAUCGCUCCGCCGCUACUCGAUUGUGUAACAACUUGUCGAUCCUUCCCAUAAGACUGAAUUAAAAUAAAUAUUCUUUUUCUGACGACCCGACAAACUCGUUUUUGUCUCUAAGCUAUAUUUUGUAAAAGCAAAUUCAUGCAAAUGUAAAUAUGAUUCAAAAGAAAAUGUCAAACUAUACUAUCCUGCAACAGAGAGCUGUUCAACUAUUAGGUACACUAAGCACGCCUCUCCGUGACGUGAUAGUAACAAAGAGUAUACAAAUCUCUAUGUUUUCGAAUUUGCGACAAAUCUGCAAUAAGUCACGUCAAGAAACAAAAAUAAACCUAAGUAUUAAUUAAGUAU